GAAAGGAGCAUAAAAGUUCAAGAUUUGGGCAAUAACAUGAUUCACAAAAAAAAAAAAAAAAAAAAAAAAAACUAGUACUUUUUCUACUCCAAUCGAACUUGGUACCACUGAAGUGAGCCGACAUCGCCAUCAAUUUCGAGCUCACAGACAGAUUUGACUAGGUAUUGAACAGCAUCAUCGAUUGAAUCAAAUCUUGCAAGAUCAGGUGGAAGAGAUUUACCAGGCCACCUCUGCAACCACCCUUUCAAUCUCUCGCGCAAUUCGUCUUCGGACACGAAUUCCUCGCUCUCGCCGGGCUCCAUCAGCACAUACGUUUCUGUCUCGGUAUUCGAUCUCCUUCUCCUCCUCACGCCAUUAACCUAAUCGAAUUCAAUCAAACCCUAAUCGAAUUGCGUGUGUGUGUGUUUGGAGAUUAGGUUACACUAUUUAUUACCUUGAGUUGAUGACCUCGGAAUUGGGUGUUUUGAUGAUGAACCCAUUUGUGGAGAAAUGGAGUUGGGGUUGUGAGAAUUGCUGGUGUUUUGGAUUGGGAGAAUGUUGCAGGGAAAUGGGGAUGAAUUUUGGUGCUCAAUAUUAUUUUCGCCAUUAAUUCACGACAACUCUGUGAAGAGAAAAAAAGGAUAAGAUGAUACCAAAUAUUAACCUUACUUUCAUCCCAAAGACUUAUCAUCAUUCUUCCUUAUUUUGCUUGUUUUUCUUUUUUUUUUCGAUUUCUUUUAUUUUCAUAAAACUGAUUUAAGAGAGUUGGGUAAAUUUAAAAGUUAAAUUUAAUAUCAAAUAUUUUAAAUAAGAAUCUUGUUAUCUAAUCGAAUAUAGGAAGGAGUAAGUGUCUCGCAAAGGUCAAAGAAGUUGGAGGAGUAAUCUAAUCUAUUUAGUGCUUGUUUGAUUUGAGUAAAUGAAUUAAAGGAGAAUGGGAAAAAAAAUGGUUACAAUAACUAUUACUUUUAGUUAGUAUUUGAUUUAAUAAUAAAAAAAUUAUUAGUAUAAAUAAUUCUUUUAUUGUUUCUCCUCUACUUUGAAGAUAAUGAUUAAUUCAUUAUCCAAAUCAAACAAUAAGGAGUAAAUCAUUUUCCAACAUCCAAAAAUGCUCAAUCAAACAUGGGCUUAAUUUCAAUCAAAGAUAGAAACUCACUUCUUAGAACCCCAACAUACAUGGUUUUUUGUUUAAUGCAAAAACAAACUUAAAAAAUUAAAAAUUAAAAAUGAAACUAUGACACUCCUCGAACCUUUAUAUUUUUUGUGUUACAUUUUCACGAAUUUAUUACAUACAUAUAUGUAUAUAAAAAUUGGCAUACGCUUUUUCAAACAGAUAAAUAUAUAAAUAGUAGUGUGUAGGAUUCGUUUUAUUAUUGAAAAAACUAAAAACGUUGGUAUUGUUACAAAUGGUGUAGAAUUUAGUUUUGGGUUUUGUGGAAAAAAUGAGACAAUUAAUGAAUAGAUUAUGGAUUAGUACAGUUGAAGCUAUGAUAGUUAUAAUUGGUUGAUGUCCGAAAUGGAAGCUCGUCCAUCCUCAUCAAAACGGAUGCUUUCUUCCAAGAAUAAACCCUGCAAAAUCAACCCCAUUUCCUCGUGCAGCCCUAAUUUUGCACCACAUUUUCUCAAACUUUGGUACGUUUCUUUGAUUCAACCAAGGUUUUGUUUGUUUGCUGUGAUUCACUACUUUGGCUUCCACACCAUAAAGGGAAACACUGCCCAUGUUUGCUUCCUCCAAAUUCUUCAUUUUAGUCAUCUGACUAGUUUUCAAUAAUCUGAUGAGCUAUGGAAUCCGAGCAAGCGAAAGGAGGCACGUCUGAAGAAGCAAAGGCUCGGCAUCUUACAUCUUCGUCCUCUGCAUCUUCCUCGUCCUCAUCAUCGCAUGCUUCAUUGGAGCACGAUGUUCCCAUUGCCAAAUCCAAGUCCGAGGGAGACCUGCAAGGAUCCGUUGCCACGCCUGAUUGCCCUGCUCAGACACCGGAGUGGGGCAUGUUGAGCUCGUCCCCUAAUGUUGGUCCCCAGGGGAACUUAUCUCCGACAGCCUCCCCUCCGGUCCAAACAAUGGGGCAUCCUUCAGAUUAUGACCCUGACCGGAUCCCCGCCUCCGUGUUCUCCAACAAACCAGCCAACACCUCAGAGUGGAGCGUGGCCUCGAAUGACUCGUUGUUCAGCAUACACGUUGGGAACAACAGUUUCGCCAAAGAUCAGUUUAGGUCCGGUGAGCUCGCCAGAUUGGAGGAAUCGAGCAACGGUCAGUCAUCCCUUUAUGCUUCAGAAGCCAAGCCUAAUGAAUUAUGCAGUCUCCCUGUCAGCCUUCCCCCUCUCAUGGAGGUGCCAGCCAAUGAAGAGGGCAGUACAAAGUCGAGCAACGUGUCUAGCCUUGAAACCAUCGCCUCGAAAGGAGGAGCAACCACGCCUCGCCUCUCCAAUGAGAGUGGCACCUCUUUCGCUUUCCCUGUGUUGGCAAGUGAAGGCGGAAAGGCUUGCUCGUUGGAGAAGGUUGAGGAGAAACCGGAGAUGGAAGCGCAAGAUUCUAAUAGUGCCACUCCAGAACCCACGACGGGGAGAUGGUUUCCGUGGUGCCCGUGUUUGCCUCGUUGCUGUUAAGGAUCACGACGUGCGCGAUUGAUAUAUAUAUACAACACCCUUUUGAAGAAUCUAGCUUAGAAGGAGUAGUCCCCAAUGCUAUAUACAUAUAUAUGGUGGUGAUAUCUGUUCUUGGCUGGUGAGGCAGCAGCAUACACUGUGAGAUGGCAGCAAGGCUUGAUUGAUGAGUAAGAUUUUUUUUGCUGUUGGAAGCAAGCUGCAGGGAUGAUGAUCAAAUGAAACUUUUGUGAUUUGAUAACUGUGAUAACAUUCAGAUUUGAGAAUCAAAAACUCAACUAAUCAUAUGUAUAUAUCCAUAUAUGAAAAUGUGGUCUCUUAUCUUGUA